UUGCAAUGAAUCGUAUUAAUUAUAAAUUGGCGGAGGAUGUGGAAUCCGAAGAUUACAUAGAAAAUGUUAGCGAGGGAGAGGACUAUGAAGAGUAUAGUAGUUCAUGUAUUAGUGAAGGAGUUGAAUCACAAGAAGAUAAAUCUGAUGAUGAGAAACAUAAGAACUUUGUAGUUUUCUUCAGUAUUUAUAUUAAAACUCUGGAUUUCAUAGAACAAAAACUAGAAGAAUGUGCAUUUGAAGAUCGGGA